GUGUAGAAGAGUGCGAUGCUCGUCAAGUGAGAAACAAAAAGCGACUGACUGGUUAUUUGUACAGGAUGAAAAUGAUUGUUACUAUACCUUUUAAAUUAGACGAUGAAGAGAAACCAUCACACUUCUACAUGCAUGGAGCAAUACUUAAACAAACAACAGUUGAAAAAACAUAAUUUCGAGUCACCUCUAUGCAACAUAAUACAAAGAGCGAAUCAAAAAUCACUUUCUCUCUUUCUUACCUAUACAUGAUCUGGUUUUUUCCCACCUGAAGCAUUUGUGCGCUUUCUGCAGUCAAGACACUACAUCGCAUACGUGGUGUGCAUUUGUGGCACAUAUAAAUGGAAAGUGGCAAUUUCGUUUUCUCUUCAUUUUGAAAGAACACUGAGCAUGAGUUCACCUUAGCUUCUUUUAUUGUUUUCUGAGUAGGCCUUUUCUUGUUAAUGAUUUGUGAAACUCUGCCCAUACCACAUGCAGUAUUUCAUCAAUAGCUGAUAUAUAUAUACGUAUAUCAUUGAUUACGUUUUCGGGAAUGCGCGUUGUAAACUUUUGCGAAAUGGUUUACCUUGAUGUCUUAACAUGAACGAGAGCAUUUGCGCCGCUGUUGUUAUAUCUAGGGAUGCAACAAAUCUUGCAUGGUUUUGGGAUUUGUCACCAAACCUUUGGGAUUUGGACUUGGAUUUGGAUUUGGUUUCUGAAUUUGGGAUUUGGGAUUCGGGAUUGAUGAUAGGUUUGGGAUUUGAGAUUUGGGCUUGGACUUGGAUUUGGGUUUGGGUCUUAGAUUUGGAUUUGGACUUGGGAUUUGUUUUCAAUCUAACAUGA